AUGGAGGAGCUGAGGUAUACCUUCAUGAGUCUGGCUAGGUGCCUUAGCCAGAGUAAUGUGGGAGCUCCAUUGGACCGUGGUGGUGACAGCAGUGCUGAAUCACAAGUAACAGACAAAUUUAGUCUGCAGGCUCAACUUCUAACUGAAGGUGUGCUCGCCUUGACCGAUGCAUCAGAUACUGAGGUUGAUGCGGACAUAUUUGAUGAGCUGAUAAAGUCAGGGGUCCGAAACUUCAAGGUUGGAUACUGCCAGUGCCCAGUAACGGAUUUUAACAUUCAUGUGGUGGAAGAUGAAUCACAGUCAUCGGUAUUGUCAGACCCAUCAGCAUCAUCAGCUUCAUUGCCAGACCCCUCAGCAUCACCAGCUUCUUCCACUUCAUCGGGUUCCACUGUGAUCCUCCCAUCCACAAAGAGCAGGAAGAGAGGCCUGAGAGAGCUGGAUCACAAUGAAGCAAGACAGAAGGUGGAUACUGUUCUGAGGUCCAAUCCAAAGGGCGAAGAAAUCUUCAAAGAGUAUGAUAAAACUAAGACACUGUCAGAUGCAACUCGUAGACAGAUGGUCAACAUUCUGGUUGCAGAAAUGACAGAAUCAUAUGGGAGGAUUCCACUCACAAGUGUGCGGACCAGUUAUGCGCUGGGAAUUGUGACCCUUUUUCCAUAUCUCGAGGAUCCAUACUCAAAGAAUGGAUAUGAACAUUACUAUGAUCCUGAGGCAAAUACUGGCUAUCUUGCUUGGCGACUCAAGACAGUCCAACGCAACACCCAUGAUGGCUACCGCGGGCGUUCCAGGUCAGAUUUCCAGGACAGUCCAACAACCCAAUGGGAAUCACUUUUGGUUGGUGAACAGGUCCUGGGUGAGGAGUGCAGAGAGGCCCUCUCUAUAAUCAGACACUCAACAGAUAAAUCUGUGGUCAAAGAGAAGAUGAAAGCCACCUUUGAGUACAGACAGAAGCUGGUUCACGACCAGGAUGCAACAUCUUCAGUCCUGGAUGUCUUUCCUCGCUUCCUUGACAUACCUGGAUUGAUUGACCAGGAUUUUUCCAUGAUGUUUGGGGACGAAGUAUCUGGAAAGUUUCUUGCAAAGUGGCCUUCGUACUUCAAGCCCAAAGUCAUCGCAGAAAGCCAGAGUCUUCCCUCCAGUCUUUAUGUUGACGAGCUGCGGGCAGCUUUUGACCCUGAGACGGAGAAUGACUACGGCUGGGAUAGUGAUCUGUCAGCUCUCCUCUUGCUGUUGCACCUUCUGCCCCCUACAUCAAGAGGCCAGAAGAAAACACCCAAGAUUAGCUCAGCACAGGCAGCCAACCAUCUUCUAAGAUUUGUUAAGCAUGGAGCCAGCCUCACUACAUUCCUGGAGAAAGUUGAUGCCAGACAGCCCUUCCUCCUCUGCAUCGGUGAACAAAAAAAGAAGAUCGAAAGGUUCUUCAUCGUUGUGGACCAGAAGGCUCUUCCAUGCAACGCUCUGACAUCGGUGGCUGCUUUUGAUGGACUAUUCAAAGCUCACUAUGUUUUCAGCAUCUCUUAUGACGAAGCUCUUUCCAGUUUCUACACUUUCAUCCAAACCACAGUCUACAACAUCGAUGUUGGAAACACAAAGGAAAGCCCACGAGUGAAGGAACUGAGAGCACGACUGCUGCAAGAGCAUUAAAAUGCCACCACUGCACAAAGGUCAGAGCAUUUUCAAAAAAACUGUUCACUGAGUAUGUUCACAUGUUUUGUGUGUAAAACGCACCACAAAAAUUGUUCAGUUCUUUGCCAACAUUUAAAGUUUCAACAUGGUUUAUAUCCAGCCAAAAACUUACUUACUGUGUCAGACAUUGCAUUUAGAGGCAUGUUCAGAUGUUUCAACUACAAGUUGGGUCAGAAAUUAUGCCACUGAGUACCAGGUUGAUCUGUUUAUAUGCACUGGAGUAUUCCAUGACCUACCUGUGUUUAAGAAAAUCUGUAAUAUCGUAAUACAUGAACAGCGUGCUUUCAUAAUAGGUUGUACUGUUGAGACACUGUACUUUGAUGAACAUUUUCAUGCAUACUGUAUAGAGGAGCAAAAUAAUGAAAAUUCUCUGAUUUGUAUUGAUCAGCUCACCUAUUUUAAACCCUUUGACAAGCAGUAUCCUAAUGACAGUGAAAGAGCAUACAUUGUUCCC